AUGGCCAGAAAUAGGGAAACAGCUAUGGACCCCAAUUACAGAGGCGGAGACUCAAAUGAGUUAUCGCCUGAAAGACAAGGCCCAGACGAGGCAGUUAGAGAACCAUUCGGCGGCACCCCCACCCCAAGCGAUAGUAUUCUAGGCUCCUACAACGAGGAGACCUCUCCGGCUCAGGAGGCUGAGAAGCCAGAGGCCGCCAAUGAGGGUCCCAACUCCCCAUCCGGCUCUAAUGACGGUCGGGUUGAAAGAAAAGAAGCUAAAAACAUGUUGCCCACCGCCAAGACACCCGCGAAAAAGGCUUCAGAUAUCCGCAAGGAGAAUCUGGAGAAGAAGCUUGCCGCUCAGGCGGCUAAAAAGGAUGGGGGUGCUUUAGCUAUGCCGUCUGUUGAAGAACCUGCACUUAAGGUGCAGAGAACCACUUCCACCGCCCGGGCAACAACCGGCGGUAAAUCAAUAAAUACCCCAGGCAGGUCUAACACUGAAACGGCCUUGAAAGAGUAUACUCAUCUGGUUUUUCUACUAAUACCGGUUGUGUUGUUGUUGCGGGCACUGCUCCGCAUGGAGGGGCUCAAGAAGGCCUACAUCCGUAAGCAGGAAGAGGCGAAUCAGGUCAAGUCCCUCCAACAGGCCCUCAAAGAGUCGAAGACAAAAAUAGACAACCUCCAGGCAGCCCUUGAUAAUGCUGAAGAUGAGCUUAAGAAGCACGAGGAGCCCCUCAAGCGUCUUGAUCAGGCAAAGAAGAGCAGCAAACGGCUGCAACUAGAGAAUGACAGCCUGAUCAAAGAGGCUGUUGAUACUCAUCGCAACUUCCAGACCAUCCUUGAAGCUGAUCAGAACCAGCUCAUUGAGGAGAAUGAGCGGGACUGCGAGAGCCGUAUGAAGAGGGCGUUCUCCAUCAUCCACCCGGGUGCAGACUACAACGUGUGGGAGCUCGCCUACAAAUACGCAGACCUGGCCAUUCUAGCUGAGGAGGAGGGCAAGCCGAGGCCCGAACCAUAUGAGCAAUGGGUGGACGCUGAGUUCCAACGAAUGCAGGCGGAAGCGGCUGCUAUGGAGGCGGCAGUCGAGGAUCAUGUUGCUCCCGGCUCCGUUCCUACCACCAACCCUGCUCAUACGGAGGGUAACCAGGCGGAGGGUGACCGGGUGACUAUGCAGCUAGAGUAG